AGGGCGAGCGGGGAGUGUAACUUAGCGAAGUCCGAGGACCUCGAAAACCCAGCAGCUUUCCUUUUGUCUCCUAGAAACUUGUGUUCUUUGGGGACAAACGGGUUAAGUGAGACUGGGAGGCAUCAUCAACUGUCUCCGCGGGAUGAGAGAAAGCUGGACUGACCAUUAUGGAGGAGGAGCUGCAGCAUUCACACUGUGUGAAUUGUGUCAGUAGACGGUGUAUGACCAGACCAGAGCCUGGGAUUUCCUGUGAUUUGAUUGGUUGUCCUUUGGUUUGUGGAGCAGUUUUCCAUUCUUGUAAAGCUAAUGAGCACCGGCUUCUGUGUCCAUUUGAACGAGUGCCUUGCUUAAAUAGUGACUUUGGAUGUCCUUUUACCAUGACCCGAAAUAAAGUUGCUGAACAUCUUGAAAUGUGUCCUGCAAGUGUGGUAUGCUGUACUAUGGAAUGGAACCGAUGGCCAGUUAGUUAUGCGGACCGGAAAUCAUAUGAAAAUCUAAGCAGAGAUGUUGAUGAAGUGGCUCAAUUAGAUAUGGCCUUGGCUCUUCAAGACCAAAGGAUGCUCUUAGAAUCUCUCAAAGUAGCCACCAUGAUGUCAAAAGCUACUGAUAAAGUAUCUGAACCUAGAGAACAAAUCUCAGUUAAAUCCAGUGUCUCUGAAAUACCACAUGCUAAUGGUUUGGUAUCUGUUGAUGAAGAAUCUUAUGGUGCACUUUAUCAAGCUACUGUAGAAACAACCAGAAGUUUGGCUGCUGCUUUAGAUAUCUUGAAUACUGCCACAAGAGACAUUGGCAUGUUAAAUACAAGUCUUCAUACUACCCCAGAUGAAAUGAAUGAAGAACAAAAUGACAGAGAAAGUUUGCAGGAUAGAAACUUGAAAGACCAGGAUCAUCCUUAUGAGGAUGAGAUAGGGGCAGUAGGUGGAAUCGACCAUACUGGCAUAAGUCAGAAUGCCCAGUCUGAGCAAAAUGGUUCAAGUGAUUUAUUGUGUGACUUGAAUGCAGGUUCUUAUGGCACUUCUGUUCUUUGUAAUGGCUUUCCUUUGGAAAAUGUAUGUACACAGGUCAAAGACCAGGAUCAGAAUUUUCAAGUUGAUUCAAAACAAAGUAGCUUAACAAAUGGAGAAUGUGUGGCAUCAGAUGGUACUGCAGAAUCUUCCAGUUCACUUUCAGUAGCAGCACAACUUAGAGAAGUAAUACCCUCCAGUGCUUUACCUAAUGGCACCGUUCAGCAUAUCCUCAUGCCAGAUGAUGAAGAUGAAGGAGGACUGUAUUGGAGAAAAGUAGACUUAGGGGACUUGAGGAAUGUGGAUGUCUUAUCUUUCAGUCAUGCUCCUUCAUUCAAAUUUCUUUCUAAUUCAUGUUGGUCUAAACCAAAAGAAGAUAAAGCAGUAGAUACAUCAGAUUUGGAAGUUGCUGAAGAUCCUAUGGGCCUCCAAGGAAUAGAUCUGAUUACAGCAGCAUUACUGUUCUGUCUAGGAGAUUCUCCAGGUGGGAGGGGUAUAUCUGAUAGUCGCAUGGUUGAUGUAUAUCAUAUUGACUUUGGGACGCAGACUUUUUCGCUUCCAUCUGCAAUAUUAGCUACAAAUACAAUGGUUGGGGAAAUAGCUUCAGCUUCAGCUUGUGAUCAUGCCAAUCCCCAGCUUUCAAAUCCAAGUCCUUUUCAGACACUUGGGUUGGAUUUAGUAUUGGAAUGUGUUGCUAGGUAUCAACCUAAGCAGCGUUCAAUGUUUACCUUUGUGUGUGGACAGUUAUUUAGAAGAAAAGAAUUUUCUUCACAUUUUAAGAAUGUACAUGGUGACAUUCAUGCUGGACUCAAUGGCUGGAUGGAACAGCGGUGCCCUUUAGCCUAUUAUGGUUGUACUUAUUCUCAGCGUAGAUUUUGUCCAUCAACACAAGGAGCAAAGAUUAUACAUGACCGUCAUUUGAGGUCAUUUGGAGUUCAGCCAUGUGUAUCUACAGUAUUAGUAGAACCUUCUAGAAACUGUGUGUUGGGAUUACAUAAUGACCAUCUAAGUAGUCUUCCCUUUGAGGUCCUACAACAUAUUGCAGGCUUUCUCGAUGGCUUCAGUUUAUGCCAGCUCUCAUGUGUGUCCAGGUUAAUGAGGGAUGUAUGUGGCAGUCUGCUUCAGUCUCGUGGAAUGGUCAUACUGCAGUGGGGGAAAAAGAAGUAUCCAGAAGGAAAUUCAUCAUGGCAGAUAAAGGAAAAGGUAUGGCGAUUCAGUACUGCAUUUUGUUCAGUUAAUGAAUGGAAAUUUGCUGACAUCUUAAGCAUGGCUGACCACUUGAAGAAAUGCAGUUACAAUAUCAUAGAGAAACGGGAGGAAGCAAUCCCAUUGCCAUGUAUGUGUGUGACUCGAGAACUCACUAAAGAAGGACGUUCACUACGCUCAGUUUUAAAACCUGUACUUUAAAAACUAACUACCUGCAUACACAUGCAAACACCUAGUAUAAUUUCUUUGUAAUAUGUGAUACUUUAUUAAUGUAUUAAAGAGUACAGCUAGAUAAAUGUAAUGUCAUUAUGUAUAUAUAUGUUUUGAAGUGAUAUAUAUUUUUAUAAAGUACUGUUUAGUUGGAAAAAUAAUCGCCUUAAUGUUUGAAAUGUGUGGCAUUUUUGGAACUUGCUGGACAGGGUGAUUUAAUCUUAGUUACAUAAUUUUCAGAAUUAGUAUUUUUGAUGGUGUGCAUAUUUUGGUUCUUAAAUGUUUUGCUUCUUAAAACUAACAAGAUCCUGACCAAUUUAUUCCUCAUGUUUUCUAUGGGUUAAGCCCACACAAUCAAAAAAGCAAAACUUUGAUUCAAAUUUUUGCUGCAUAGGUUUUUCAGAUGAACACUUUCAAUUGCUUAAGCACUGCCCUAAGAUCCUUAUAAAGUUUUUUAUUAUCUGGUUGUUCCCCUCUGACAAUUAUUGAUGCACAGAUGAUCUCCAGUAUACUUACAUAAUAUUUAAAAUUACAACUAGUGUUUGGUAAUGCUAUUUAUAAUGUUUUAAAGAUAAUUCACAAAGGUGUUUUCAUCUUAUGUUCUUAAAACUUAUACAGAGUGACCACAGGCAGCUUUCCUUUUUAUUAAAUGCCACAUCCAGAGAUUUGUGGCCAUGUGUUUUAUGGCAGGUUAAAGCAAAAACAUGCAAACAAAAAACAAGCCAGUGAAUUUAAUUGGAAACCAUUCAUGUUAUUGUGUAUUUGCUAAACAUUUAAUGUUUGAACAAAAAUAUACCUCAUUUUAAGUUUGAAUUUGGCAUAUUUUGCAAAUACAUUUCAAAUAUUCAGAAUGCAAAGGGCUUAACUUUUUCAUAUGCAUUUUAAAAUUUUGCCUUUUGUAGUUUAUAAAAAUACAGCUGUAUUGUCUAUAUUGUUUUAAGACAUUUAAAAAUGUGAAUUUAAUGUUGUCUUUGUAAGAUAUCCAGCAGAGACCUGCAUAGUUUGACAAUCUCUCUGAAACAUUUCCAAGUUAAUUUCCUAUACACUUCUUUACCAGAAAGUAAGAGUUGUAUCUUCAUGAAAAGAUCCAGGGAGGAUAGAGAAAUAUUCAAAAGCCUAUUCUUGAAGUAUUUUAUUAUAGUUUUAUACUGUUAACUUGAUGUGGUCACUUUAAAAAUGAAUAAAUUUGCUGUAUCAGUAUUUAGGAAACAUUGCAAAGAUGGAGACAUAUACUUAAAUAAUUUGUCUUAGGUAAAUUCUGGCAUGUGGUAAGCUAAAAUGGUGAUGCACUUCCUGGUUAUAAAUGUCAACGUUGAAUUAUAUUUUUACUUCCUACAUUUGUCCCUGAGAGUGCUUUAUCGUCACUGGUCCAUGAUUCCCAUAUAUGGCAAUCAGGAUGGGCAGAGGUGUUACUUGGGCAGUAAAGAAUUUUGAAUUGCUGAAGAUUUGUUUUGGUUGGAUCAAGUUCUUAUUAUAGUUCAAAAAUAUAGGAUUAAAGACUCAUCAGUUGUUUUGCCUCAGCUCUCAUUUUAAUUAGUAGAAUACUUACUUCUCAGUGCUUAACUAUCAUUUUAAUUCUGAGAUUGAAUGGCAUAAGAAGUCUCUAUUUCUGUGAAAAAGUCAGAAACGAGAUAUCAAAUACUAUAAGGUAUUACUCUGCCUUUUGUUAAACUUUUACUGAAGAAUAUGUUUGUGGUUAGCCUAGCACAGGCAUUAACUUUUUGUUUUAUGGUUGUGCUUUUAAAAAUCCAUUGUUUUUAGGUUUAGAUUUGUUAUUUCCACACUGAAUCAUGAAAUAUUUAACAUUUUUCCACCUUAUAUUUCUUUUACACAUCUUUCCCUGUUCUCUUUUUUGUUGUGCCACCAUAUCAUUUUGUUAAAAUGUUUUCUCUGUGCAACAUUUGUUUAAGUUCUAAUAAAAUUAAUAUUUUCCCCUUAUAUGUCUCAUUAACUUAAAAAGAAAAACUUUCAUUUAAAUAAAAUUUUAAUACUUGUUUGAUGAAUUCAAAACACAGUCUUACUGUUUCUGGAAUGUUGAUUCUUCUGCGUGUUACAGGAGUUGCUGGUUGAUUAUCAUUGCUAGCUCAGGUUUUACUGGUGAACUCUAAAUUUUUCUGUAAUAUAUAGAACUUAUUAGUUAAUUUUCUUUGCCCCUUGAGUGUCUUGAAAGUAGGCCCAUCUAGAGAUAUUAAAAGGCUGCUAAGAGAUUGUGGUGUGAUUAUUUUUCUAAAACUUGAAACCAGAACUUCCUAUUUGUCCUCUUAAGCACGAAGAGGUUUGUAUGUUGACCUAGUAGAUUUUUAUUUGCAAAGUCUUUGUUGAUUGCUUAAGUCUUUGCUACCCAGAAAGAUAAAGGGCAAGCAUCAAAAUGGAGGAAAAUAUCUAAAUUCACUUUUAUUCUCUUUAUCCUUUCCCAGUACUGCUUAAUAGCUUGCUUGCUCUUUCUUUUCUCUCUCUUUUCAUUCUCUCUUUUUCUCUCUGUUCCUUUCCCCCUCACAUGUCACUUGGGGUAAGAACAAAUGGUCUGUUUUAACAAGGACUCCAGGUGAUUCUGAUGCACACACAAAAAUAAGAUCUUAGAGGAAGACAUACUAUCUCUACCCUCUGAUGUGUUAUUGGAAUGGAUAUAUAUGUGUUUGUACGAAUGUAUAAUCCAAAAUUAAGAGUAAUGAUUGUGUUAAUAGUUAAAUUAUAUAUGUUGUCUCAGUCUUAGAGCCAUAUGAGAAAAUACAUUGGGUAUAAAAACUUGUCACUAGUAUUUUAAACUUCACUAGUAUUUUAUGGUGUUUCUUCUGUUCAAAGGCAAGAAUAGAGUACAUUUUAGUUCAUUAGUACUAACAUUUAGCAUAGUCACACUUGUUUAGUGGUUGCAGAGUGAUGUGAACGUACUAGAAUUGUAGGAUAAGCAAAGAGAGUAGAAGUAGAUAAAUUCCAAAUUAAAUCCUACUAAAGUAUUUGUAGGGAUCCCUUCAACCCUAUCAAUAAGAUUAAAGAUCGACUUUCUGGUUUAUCAGUAGUAUAGAAUUAUUUUUGGUCUUUGUGCAUAUUCCAUUAAGGCUAUUCCUAUCAUCUGUCCUUUAACUUUGGAUAUUGGGGUCUUAGUAAUGUUUAAGAUACUAGAGUUUCUCAUACCCCUUGAAGAUACAGUAGUUUGUAUUAGUAUAUUGAUAACAGAUUUUACUUGUGGGGAUUUGAAUACUUCUAGGUGAAAAAUGCAAACAGAUUUCUCCAUGUUUUGCAUCCCAAACUGAAAAGAGAUACGGUUAUUAAUUAUUUUUAAUAUAUAUUUUGGUUGUCAAUGGACCUUUUUUUUUGAAAAGGGGAUUGAACUCGGGCACUAAACCACUGACCACAUCCCCAGCCCUAUUUCGUAUUCUAUUUAGAGACAGGGUCUCACUGAAUUGCUUAUGGCCUUGUCAUUGCUGAGGCUGGCUUUGAACUCAGGAUCCUCCUGCCUCUGCCUCUGGGAUUACAGGCCUGUGCCACCAUGCCCCGCUGGACCUUUAUUUUUAUUUACUUAUUUUUAUGUGGUGCUCAGAAUCAAACCCAGUGCCUCACACAUGCUAGGCAAGCGCUUUACCACCGAGCCACAACCCUAUUCCUUAUUAAUUUUUAAAAAUUUCCUAAAGAAAAAUGACACAAACAUUGAAAAUGUGUUUCCUCCAUGACUUACCAUAUUAGGAGGUGAUAUGACUGGAACCUACAGAGUUGGUUGUUUAGAAGUGCAAUAGAAGGGGAGUAAUUUGCCCCUGUUCUCUGGACAAAUGUUUUUGAUGGAAAGAUCUUUCCUGAUAUGUGCCUGACUGGUUAUCUCAUUGCUGCUGUGAGUAGUGUUAUUUAACAUUUCAUAAGGCCUAGGAAGCCUGAAUAUAUUAGUUAUGCCUUUAAAGUAAACCACACAUCUAUUCCAAUGUGUUUAAUUUACUGGUAGAUUUGUUAGUAUUUAUCUAAAACAUUUCCAGAAGGUUUGAGUUAGGCCAAUUCUAGUGAAGUCCUUAGUAAAUAAGAGAAAAGGAAGAAUGGUUUCUCUUUCUUUUUGAAGUCACCUUUUACCUAAUUGUUUCCUUUUAAUUAAAGGAUCAAGUUCAAAAGAUCAACCUUGCAUUUUAUGGGUGAGAAUAUUGAUUUACUGAAUGUUUCUGUACUGAUGGGUAUAUCUCAUCUCUGAAUGAUAUGUGCCCUGAAACAGGUCACUUUCCCACUUAAAUGUAGAAAGAGAAGGGAUAUUUAGACAAAAGGAAAUUACUUGGGUAAUUAUCAAUAGAAUAAAUACCUAGAAUAUUUGGUUCCUUCUGUGUUUUGGAAAGUUUGGUGUAAUAGCAAAAGAAAAGUAGAAAUGAGUGAGGUGUGAUAUGUUGCUCUGAAAAUCCUUUGCAAAAUUAGGCAGUUUGCUGAAGUUGUACAAAAAUGUUAUUGCAUCAGUGACUGAAGAAAUUCUAUAAAUUCAUUGUAAUAUAUACAAUGACAAUCAUUAAAAUUGAUCAAUAUGUCUCGGUAAGGGGGAUAACAUCUUGAGGUGUUUUGUACCUUGGAACAUUUCAAAAUGGACAUUUUAUGUUCAGAAUGUUUGAUAUUCCAAUGUAUUAUGUGGAUAGUAACUUUUUAAAGUUAAAAUACUACAAAGAAAUGGAUUACAAGAUAGGUUCAUGAACAUGCUCUGUAAAAUUAAUCGAUGCAAAUCUUUUAAAAUAAUUUUUUAAUCUUUUUGACAAGCUCUAUUAUUUACUAUGAAGAAAAGCAUACCUGAAGCAAACUGACAAGGGAAAUGUGAUGUUCACCACCACCCCCAACACCAAUAUAAUUUUAAGUAUCUCCAAAAUCACUUUAUUAAUUCAUUUGCAUGCAGAUAUGAAAGGAAAUGAUUCUUCAAUGCAUGGCUAGUUCUAGUGGUAGUGAUAGUUUAUGUGUUUGAAAGUAAUAAAACUUCAUUUUUGUUGAAAUCUUGGGACCAAAAUCAUCAGGUCACGUCCUUUCCCAACACAUUCAUCAGGUUUAAUUUUUUUUUUUCUGAUAUACAUAGUUAGAAUUUAAUUUUCCCCCCCCUCAAUGUUUUAAACAGGCAAAGUUGAUAAAUGUAUUCAACUUUUGGCACAGAAAUUGACUCGAGUCAGAGAGUGUUUUGCACUCCUAGUCAAAAGGUGACAUUAAUUUUACAUUUUAAAAUAGUAAUUCUAAGGCCUACUGAUAUGAGAACAGUAGCAACAGAUUUGUUAUUGCUCAAAAGAUUGAAGUUUAAAAGGAGAGCCUGCCCUCUGCUGUUGUAGAACAUUUUUUUUCUGUUGAAAUCUUUUUUAUAUUAAUAGUAAUUAAUGCUUAUUUAAUUUUAUAACUUAAGUGUGGCUUAACCAUAUUAUUUAUUAAAUCACUCCAGAGAAAAUGAAAUAAUAGUACCAUCUUUUUACAUCAAUUCAAUUGAUGAUUUAAAAAUUACUACCUGUAUUCCUAAUAAAAUAAGGGAUUUGAUAUAAGUAGAGAACGGUACUGACUCCUUACAAUAUUCCAAUAGCUUUAUGAAAACAGCCAUAACAUGAAAUUGCAUUGAGUGAUUCAUAAUUCAGUGGACAUGAAUUCUGAAGAUUUUUAUUUUGUAUUUAAAUGUAAAAUUGUACUGUUCACUUGAUCAUUGUUUAAGCACCAGUCCAUAGUGAAAAUAAAACUGAACUGUCUCAUUCACUUACCUCAUGCUGUUUAGUUUCCAGUGGAUUUUUUCUCAUGCUUUACAUUAAUAGUUUGAUUUACAUUAAUAAUUGUCUUUAUCCUCAAUGCAAAAGGGUAUGGUACUCAUGGGGAGGGAGUGCUAAGUGAAUGAAGCUAGAUACAAAAGGCCACACAUUAUACUAGUCCAGUUAUAUGAAGUACCAAGAGGAGGCUAGCCUCUAGAACAGAUUAGAUUAGUGGUGGCCAAGGAGGAGAGUGACUAUGAACAUGGAGUUUCUUUUGGAGUGAUGAAAAUAUUCUAGAACAAGGUGGUGGUGAUUUGAGUAAUAUUGCUAAUGUACUAAAAGCCACCAAAUAAUACACUUUUAAAAUGGCACAUUUUAUUUAUUUUAUUUUGCCUUAUUGUUUUUGAAAAAAGGAUGUGAUAUUUAUAGUCAUUAUCAAAUCCCGAAAGUAUCAUGUUCCCAAGGUUUGUGAAAUGCUCAAGAUAUGGUUUAGAAAUGAUUUGUAAUAUUGGUAAUGUGACAAACUUAUUCAGUUAAAAGUCUCUAUAAAAUUCCUUAAUUUCAUCACAGAAGUAUGGAUGACAGCAGCAGAAAUAAAGCUGUAAUUCUGCUCAAUUUCCUUAUAUUUAAUACAGCUGUGGCUAAUUGGCUUCUAUGUUAAAGAUUGUUUUUUCAUCUUUUUGCAUUUUGUUAUGACUGUGGCACAUAGCAAUCACUUUUAAAAGAGCUGUUUUUAAAAUCAUAAUUUGAAAAAAACUGUAUAACUUUCAGGAUUAUUUUUAUAGUUUUAUACUUUGUGUUCCUUUUAAAGAGCAAAUGCAAUCAUGUAUUAGGCAAGACUGAAUAAAUUGAACUGAUGCAUA